CCCACACGCACACACCCCUCUGCCUAUAAAUGCCAGUGGCUGGGCUGGGCCGCUCACGGAGUCCCAGCCUCAGCGAGCUCAGGACUUGGAGGAAGACAGAUCUGGCUGCGAAUCCCUGCUCGCCACUUUCUAGCGCUGUGACCUUGGCACAACAGCUCCAGUUGGCAGCAUCACCUCCCACCAAUUUAUCCAACUUCUGCCAAGACUCUGAAAUGCCAACUAUGUCGAGGCCUGCACUUGAUGUCAAGGGUGGCACCUCACCUGUGAAGGAGAAUGCCAACCCAGAGAUGAACUCUCUGGCCUACUCUAACCUGGGGGUGAAAGAUCGCAAAGCGGUGGCCAUCCUGCACUACCCUGGGGUAGCCUCGAAUGGAACCAAGGCCAGUGGGGCUCCCACUAGUUCCUCAGGAUCUCCAUCUCCAAUAAGUUCUCCUACUGCUACCCCUCCCACUAAACCCCCACCCUUCAACCUGCACCCCGCCCCUCACCUGCUGGCCAGUAUGCAGCUGCAGAAACUAAAUAGCCAGUACCACGGGAUGGCCGCUGCCACUCCAGGCCAACCCGGGGAGGCAGAGCCCCUGCCAAACUGGGGCUUCGGGGCUCAGGCGGGAGGGGCGGGAUCACUCUCUCCUUCUGCUGGUGCCCAGAGCCCUGCCAUCAUCGAUUCAGACCCUGUGGAUGAAGAGGUGCUGAUGUCACUGGUGGUGGAACUGGGACUGGACCGGGCCAAUGAGCUUCCGGAGCUGUGGCUGGGGCAGAAUGAGUUUGACUUCACGGCAGACUUUCCAUCUGGCAGCUGAUGCCAAUUGUUCCUAAAGAUGGAGGAAUAA